AGUCGUACAAGGGAGGCUGCCAUGAUCACUUAGAGCAGAAGGGAAAAUCCCUCCUACUCCCAACCCCAAAAUUCCUUCUCGGGUAAAAAUGCAACGGAACGACGGAUUAGACGAUGAACUUUUGGAUACUAAUAAUAAGGAAUAAUGCUCUUCCUUUUGGCACUUUUGCAUCCGUCCGUCGGUCUCACUGUUUUAACUCUCUUCGACGCUAAUAAAACUGCGUUCGACAAUCUAAUUGGCCGCCAAGGUAACCUCAAGUUCGUCAACUUAACCGAUACUGGAUUUUUCCCAGCUAAUUUAAGGAAUUUACAUGAGAUUUAUAAAAAAGUUGAACCAGAAAUAUUACUGGGAAUCGGCAAGAAAAGAGCCAUUGAGGCUAUGAAAAUAGUCUCUGGGUGGACUUGUACACCUCUUCUGGCAUUUGACUUGGAUUAUCGCUAUACAGCUCAUGGCUACGUUGCAGCAAAUAGGGCCUACUACCUGCAAUUGCAUCCUUCUAAAACGCUUAUGGCCGAGAAGCUUAUCGACGUCUUGGCGUCGAAUAACUGGACACGUGUGGCAGCAGUCGUGGAAAAUUCUAUAGAAAGCGACGGUUUCUUGGAUGCAUUGAAAACACUCAAAGAAAAAAUUACUUUGGAUUUUACAAUAAGAAUCAAAAUGAGUGAUAAUAUAGGAUUAAACUUGGAAAAGCUAAAAGAAAGGAGAGCUAGGAUCAUUUUACUACAUUGUUCGAAACGAUUGGCAAAAAGGAUUAUGGUGGUUGCUGAGGAAUUUGAGAUGACCGGUCGAGGUUACGCCUGGUUCGUGACGGACGAUGUAACUGGGAAUAGACGGUCAAUUCCAACAUCAUUUCCGGUUGGUUUAAUAAGUGUUGGUAUGAGAAAAGUGAAUUUGAACGAGGUCUUGAAGGAUGUAGUCAAUCUUUUGCAAUCGGUCGGAAAUGGGGGAUCGCACUUAACCGAUGAUAAGGCAACGUGCUCUGGUAAUUUUCAGUAUUCCAGUAAAUUGAAAUUGUACAGCUUCCUAAAAUCCUCCUCAAAAUUCGAUUACUACGGACGGUAUAUUCAUUCUUCCUACAACUUCUAUAAUCUGCAAGCAAUUAACGAAACUGAUAAGAAAUGGAGAAAAAUCGGUUACUACGACAACAAUCGACAUCGAUUAUCAACAAUCGUCUGGCCAGGGAAUACAAUCACAGCAGGACCUUGGAAAAAGGGUAGAAGACGUCUUCGGGUUACAGCUACACCAGCUGGACCAUUUGUUAUGGAUGCUCCAUCUGAAGAUGGCCAUUGUGAAAAUUCAUUUGUAUGCCUUAAACCGUUAGGUUUUAUUGACGAUAGAAGCAUUGAAGAAAUGUUUGAAAAGUACAAGAGCAGAGUGAGAAGCGAUACUUAUGAAAUACGCUGUUGCAGUGGCCUAUCUAUCAAACUACUGGAAAGACUCUCGACAGAUCUUCAUUUCGACGUUGAAUUAUAUUUAACUGGGGAUUCAAAAUAUGGCAGUAAAGAGAACGGAAGUUGGAACGGUUUAGUUGGUGAUCUGAUGAGGAAUCGAGCUCACAUGGCAGUUGGAGCUAUGAGCGUGACCAAAGAGCGUUCGGAGGUUAUAGAGUUUACUCAUCCGUACUUCUUUUCCGGUUUUAGUAUAUUGGUUGCCGAGAAAAAGAGAAGUGUCCCGCUCUAUGCAUUUAUGGAGCCGUUCGACGGGAUAGUUUGGUCUUCUAUCGCUGUAUCCGCCAGUAUUGCUGCUAUCUCCGUAUCUAUUCUAGAAUGGAACAGUCCCUUUGGCUUAAAUCCCUGGGGGAGGAAGAGAAAGACGAAUUAUACGCUAGGUUCUGGUUUGAACAUGGUCUUUGCUAUCCUCUUCCAGCAUACGAUAAAAACUAAAAGUCCGAAGGCUUGGCCGUCCAAGGUUCUGCAGAAUUUUUGGGCUUCCACAUCCAUUUUUAUUUAUUCGAGUUAUACGGCUAAUUUAGCGGCCUUUCUGGCUGGCAAAAAUUCGGAUGUUGUUAUAUCCGGUGUUCACGAUACAAAGUUGAUCGAACCGUCCAGAAGCAUUGGUGCUUUGCAGUCCAGUUCUGUUUUGAAUUAUAUCGAAAAACUCAACAGGCAAGUCUAUUUGAAAAGUAAACGAAAUCUGGUACCGGACAGUGCUAGUGGUGUUCUAAUGGUUAUAAAUAAAUCAUUGGAUGCAUACCUAGACGACAGUCCAGUAUUACAGUAUGCCCGAAGCAUUUUUGAUGCUAAAUGUCAAUUACAACUUGUUGGUAACGGCUUUGCUGAAGAUGCUUAUGCGAUAGGCUUACCAAAAAACUCAUGGCUAGAGAAUCAAUUGUCGGAGAAGAUUGUAGAAUAUCAUAGGAAUGGAUUUAUUGAGAGCUUAAGGGAUUUGUACUUCAAGAAGAUGCAAUGCACAGAAACACCACAAGGCUUUCAUUUACAGGGAAGCCCUGAGAGUAUGGAAUGGGAUCAGCAUGCCGGCCUCUAUCUACUUCUUUUAUUAGGAAUGGUUCUCUGUAUUCUUUUAAUGUUGCUUGAGCAUGCUAUUUUUAAGUGGAUGGUUCCUUAUUGGAGAAGCAAACCUUCAAAAAGCCUAUGGAAGACAUACAAAAUGAUGUUCUGGUCUCAGCGCCUCUAUAGAAUUGUAACUUCUGAGGAACUAGUAUCUCCUCAUCAUUCAGCUAGGGAAAUGAUUGAGGUUGUGAAAAAUCGAGACUUUACAAAACUCUUCCAAAAGUCAGUUAGAAAACAAGAGAAAUUGGUGCUGAACAGAAAGAAUUUAUUCAAUAUUGUAGAACAACUUCAGUGGAAGCAAAGGAGGGAAGAAAGGUUAUCUCAACAAACAAGUGCACAUUCAGAUUCAGAUAGAUCACAAGAAACAACGGCGGAAAUUAAGAGAGAUUUGUAUCGAAAACAAAAGCAAAAUACAGCAGAGGAGGAAAGGCUCUUACCUGACAAUAGCCUACAGAUAGCUACCCCUCCACAACCACCACCUCCACUUGAUCCCAACUUAUAUUUUAUCAGCGCUGACGACGUCAGCGUUCGCAGUUGGUCCGGCUCACCUUCACAUUCUCCUCGAUCUGUUAUAAAAUUUAACUUAGACACUACUCAAAGCAGCUCUGAAACAAGAUUAAAUCAGUUACCGAAUGGAAGUUUGUCUAUUUUGGAUCGGAAAAAAGCAAGAGAGAAGCAAAAGGCAGCAUUAGAGGAAGAGAAGAAUCCUAAUUUAGACUGUGUAAGUAAAGAACAAAUCUACAAGAUGUGGAAAGUUUCCGAACGUCACCUGCAUAAACAAUUAAAAUCCGCAAUGAAAGACAAUGACUUCUUACGGCAGCAGCUAGCCAUAAAGGAGCAUAUCUUAUGAUUGUGUAUAAAAAGAGAAUUCCUUUUAAUUUUUCAAGUUAUUUCUAUAUUUUAAAACUGAUUAACUCGGUAAAUCCGGGCUUUCUCUAUUUUUUGCUGGAUGCAAAAAAAAACAUCCUUUUCUGACCAUCAAUUUCAUUCACUUCAUAUUCUUUUAUCUAUGCAAAUACUCUUCGUGUUUGUUACGUAUACUGCAAAUACAGUACUGUAAAUGCAGUGUAUCAAAAAAACCUUGUCACAAAACUUGGUCACCCGCCCUCUUUUCCACCCCUUCCCGUUCCCGUCCCACCUUUAUACUGUUAUCCUCUCUAUCUUUUGGAGUAAAAGUCAGUUUAUUAUUUUCGUAAAUAAUUUAUGUUAAAAAUGAUAGAAAUAAGAUAUUUUCUAUUAAUUUUUAACCUUACUAAAGCAUUUUUAAGGGCAAGCAUCCGAUUAAAAUCUAUUUACAUAUUAGGCCUAUAUGUUUUUCUUUAUUAAUUUCUUAAAUAACUUUUAUUUUUAAUUGAUUUAAAAUAAUAGUUAUUGAGUUUUUAUUACAUAAAUAAAAUUCAAUUUUCUUGAACAUAUUGGAAGAUACAAUCUGAUAGAUUCUACUCCAAAAUAUCCUUAGAACUUAUUAUAUAGUCUUUAACUUGUUCAAAAACGUGCUGUAUAAUCUACCUAAUGAAUUUUUAAAUGUGC